UGUGAGCAUCGUUUCGCAUUCCCACCGGUGCUUCGGCCAUGUCGAAGAAUAUGAAGACUCUGAGUGUUCCUGGUGUUGGUCACAUGAGCCAGGCAGUGUCAGAUGGAGAGCUGAACAUGUCUGGUCGUGGCUGUGGGGGCAGUCGUACAAGUCUACCAGGGGUCCAGGGGGGAGAUGCCCAGGCCAGCGGUGUCGUCAGCUGGGCCGUGUGCUUUGAGAAGCUGCUGGAAGAUCCCAUGGGAAUACGCUACUUCACAGCCUUCCUGAGGUCAGAGGUGAGUGCGGAGAACAUCCUGUUCUAUCAGGCCUGUGAGAAGUUCCGGAAGAUUCCUCCCAGCAGGAUGAAAGAGUUUGCUGAGGAGGCUCGCUCCAUCUUCCAGACGUACCUGUCUGACCACGCUCCCUACUCUGUGAACAUCGAUGACACAGCUCGCAUAGAGGAGAAGGACCUGCAGAAACCUACAGCUGAAAUGUUCGACAAGGCCCAGACACAGAUCUUUAAGCUGAUGAAGAUGGACAGCUACAGGCGUUUCGUCCGCUCCCCUCUCUACCAGAAGUGUACCCUGGCCAGCGUGGAAGGCACGCCACUACCCAGAAUCGCCCCUGAGCCCACCAGCACAGGAUCAUGGGAGAACAUGGCCACCGCCAGCCCCUCCCUCAACGACAGCAAGAAGAAGAAGGACAAGCAACGGGAGAAGAGGGGAUCAUGGGGAGUAGAGGUGACGUACCCCAAGCUGAAUGUGUCUCGUAAGGAGUCUCAGAUAUCCAACAGCAGUGUGGAGUUGGGCUCCUUCUACAGGCAGAUAGAGAACGGUCGCUCCAGUCCCCGUCCCUCAGACCAGGGGCAGGGUGAUGGAGGUGGUGGUAGUGUGGAGGGGGGUUACUGCUGUGUCUACCUGCCUGACGGUAGUGCCUCUCUGGCCCCUACACGGCCCAGCCUCCCCCUCAGAGAAAUGCUGUCAGGCCUCUGUGAGAAGAGAGGCUUCCCCCUCAAAGACAUCCUCAUCUACCUUCACAGCAAUGACAGGCAGCCACUAUCUCUGGAGCAGGACUGUUCAGUACUGAGGGACCAGCAGCUCUCGCUGGAGCUGAGGGUGACGUUCGCGUUGGAGGUGGUGUUCACUGGUAAGACAGUGGGCAUCAUGGUGAAGUCCAGUAAGACUCUGCAAGAUGCCCUCUCUGUGGUACUACAGAAACACCAACUCAGAACACACGAGGCCAUGGUCACAAUGAGUGGGAGUGAUGUGCCACUGAGCAUGAGCACCAACGUGUUCAAACUGGCCAAUAAGAAGCUGCAGCUCUACAAGGUCAAAGUUAGCAGUUCCAGGGUCAGUGGCUCAACUCCAGUCACACAGGAGCGAGCUACAUCUCCAGUAGGCCCAGAGGUCCGUGUGUCCCCUCAGGCAGCCAACCCCAAGCCCAGGGUCAAGAAGAACCAAGAGAUGGAUGCGAUGAUAGAGCUGUUGUCCAGAGCUCAGGCCUGUAGGGUGGAUGACCAGAGAGGCCUGCUGACCAAGGAACACCUAGAGCUGCCCCAGUUCCUCCUGAAACCCCCUACCCAGGACCAGGAGACCCAACAGGGGGAUGGAGCGCCCACAGACACUAAGAAGGAGUCAGAUAACCAACCCACCACCUCCUCCACUCCCACCCCUGUUGGAGAAGCAGAGUCAGGAGAGUGUGUAACAGACUCAUCAGGUUCCAAACACAUAGGCUCACAAUAAACAAGUGUCUGAGAGAGAACGCUUUUAUAAGUGUAACUUUUACUUUGUGUGCCUGGUGUAAGUGCGAGAGUGUGUGUGUCAACAUGCUGAGGUCAGGUUUGGUCAAAGGGAUGUUGACACAUGUAGCAAUUCAUCCUGUUUAAAGAUUGAUUAUCAAAGAUUAUAUAACUACUACAAAAGACAACACUGUCUUUUGCUCCUAGAGUGUGUUGAAGUAUGUUGUCUAGCACAAGUUGUGCACAGGAAGACCACAACUAUUAAGAGACCUAGUCAAGCACUUUUGCUUAUGAUUGUCUGAAUAAGGUCAGCGACCAAUGUGUUAUCACUGUCUCUGGUACGAAACUUUAUUAACUCUAUUGUUUGUUUUAAUCCCCAAUGUCAAAGGUACAAUAUGUCAUGAAAUGUUAUGAUAUGAAGAAUCUGUAAUAGCUUCCAAUUCCUCCCCCGAAGUCUGAUUUAUAAAAAACACAGUUCUGUUUUUCAAUGGAGGAAUGACUUUCAAAAGGGUCUUUCAUAUUUCUUUGUAACUAAUAGUACUUUUAGUCAAUUUUCUUUAGUGUGUGAUUUGAUAUUUAACUAAGGUGUUUGAUAUUUUGCAUUUUGAGUACUUUUCUCUCUUGUGAAAGUUUGAUAUUUAAUUUAAUUGAUUAGUUGACAUUUAAUACUUAUGAGCACAUUUUAUUUCUUUGCUGUAUUUGCACUUUGAAUGCCAGGUCUUCUGUGACUGUUAAUCCUUUUUUCACUGUGUUCUCAGAGUGCUACUCAGGGUCAAACUUCAGUAUUAACCUAUAAUGUUCUCAUGUAUUGUACAGUACAUUAAUAAAUUAGGUGUUAUUGAUCUAAUUUACCUCGG